AUGUCUGCCACUGCAGGAAAGACCAUUACUUGCAAGGCCGCCGUCGCCUGGGAGGCCGGCCAGCCCUUGAGCAUCGAGGAUAUCGAAGUUGCCCCGCCCAAGGCCCACGAGGUCCGUAUCGAAAUCUACCACACCGGUGUCUGCCACACAGAUGCCUACACUCUCUCCGGCAAGGACCCCGAGGGAGCCUUCCCCAUCGUCCUCGGCCAUGAGGGCGCCGGUAUCGUCGAGUCCGUCGGCGAGGGCGUCACAAACGUGAAGGUCGGCGACCACGUCGUCGCCCUCUACACACCAGAGUGCCAGGAGUGCAAGUUCUGCAAGUCAGGCAAGACCAACCUGUGCGGCAAGAUCCGCGCCACCCAGGGCAAGGGUGUCAUGCCCGACGGCACCUCGCGCUUCAAGUGCAAGGGCAAGGACCUGCUUCACUUCAUGGGCACCUCCACCUUCUCUCAGUUCACCGUCGUUGCCGACAUCUCAGUCGUUGCCGUCCAGCAGGAUGCUCCCAUGGACCGCACUUGCUUGUUGGGCUGCGGUAUCACCACCGGAUACGGUGCUGCCAGAAUUACCGCCAACGUCCAGGAGGGCGACAACGUUGCCGUCUUCGGUGCCGGCUGCGUCGGUCUCUCCGUCGUUCAGGGUGCCGUCGUGAACAAGGCUGGAAAGAUUAUUGUCGUCGACGUUAACCCCAACAAGGAGGAGUGGUCGAGAAAGUUCGGCGCGACGGAUUUCGUCAACCCCACCAAGCUCGGAGACCAGUCUGUGGUCGACAAGCUCAUUGAGCUUACCGACGGCGGCUGCGAUUUCACCUUCGACUGCACUGGUAACGUCAGCGUCAUGCGUGCUGCUCUCGAGGCUUGCCACAAGGGAUGGGGACAGAGCAUCAUCAUCGGUGUCGCUGCUGCUGGUCAGGAGAUUGCCACCCGUCCGUUCCAGCUCGUCACCGGUCGUGUCUGGAAGGGUUGCGCGUUCGGCGGUGUCAAGGGCCGCUCUCAGCUGCCCGGUCUCGUGCAGGACUAUAUCAAGGGCGACCUGAAGGUGGACGAGUUCAUCACCCACAGGAAGACCUUGGGCGAGAUGAACAACGCCUUUGAGACCAUGAAGCAAGGCGACUGCAUCAGAGCCGUGGUCGACAUGCGCAAGUAA